GCAGACGCUUUAGCGCGGAGAGUUUGAAACUGCUCGCUCUCGACCACAGAGCUGGUCCUGUGGAGCCGAGCGCGGAUCCACGCCGACCUGGCUGGAGUAGCCCCAGGAUCUGUUACACCUACUGAGUAACUAUGGAAGACUAUAUCAAAAUAGAAAAAAUUGGAGAAGGCACUUAUGGAGUUGUGUAUAAGGGUAGACACAAAACAACAGGCCAAAUAGUAGCCAUGAAGAAAAUCAGACUGGAAAGUGAGGAGGAAGGGGUUCCUAGUACUGCCAUUCGGGAAAUUUCUCUAUUAAAAGAACUUCGUCAUCCAAAUAUUGUCAGUCUCCAAGAUGUGCUUAUGCAGGAUUCCAGGUUAUAUCUCAUCUUUGAAUUCCUCUCCAUGGAUCUCAAGAAAUACUUAGAUUCUAUCCCACCUGGUCAAUUCAUGGAUUCUUCACUUGUGAAGAGUUAUUUGUACCAAAUCCUUCAGGGGAUUGUGUUUUGUCACUCUAGAAGGGUUCUUCACAGAGACUUAAAACCUCAAAAUCUAUUGAUUGAUGAUAAGGGAACAAUCAAGCUGGCUGACUUUGGCCUUGCCAGAGCUUUUGGAAUCCCUAUUAGGGUUUAUACACAUGAGGUAGUGACACUCUGGUAUAGAUCGCCAGAAGUAUUGCUGGGGUCAGCCCGUUACUCCACUCCUGUGGACAUUUGGAGUAUAGGCACCAUAUUUGCAGAGCUGGCCACUAAGAAGCCACUUUUCCACGGGGAUUCGGAAAUUGAUCAACUCUUCAGGAUUUUCAGAGCUUUGGGCACUCCUAAUAAUGAGGUAUGGCCGGAAGUGGAAUCUCUACAGGACUAUAAGAAUACAUUUCCCAAAUGGAAACCAGGAAGCCUUGCUUCCCAUGUCAAAAACUUGGAUGAAAAUGGCUUGGAUUUGCUCUCGAAAAUGUUAGUCUAUGAUCCAGCCAAACGUAUUUCUGGCAAAAUGGCACUGAAUCAUCCAUAUUUUGAUGAUCUGGACAAUCAGAUUAAGAAGAUGUAGAGCUUUCUGAGAAAAAGUUUUCCACAUGUUAUAUUGAGGAUGGAUAGUUGUCUUUUAUUGUUGGCUCUGUAUUUGUUUUACGUUUCUUCUCUGUGUAAAACCUCAGCUGUAUUUCAUCUUCUCAUUUCAGAAGUAUAACUUAAAUGUAAAUAUUGUUGUAUAUGAAUUUAAAUAUAAUGAUACUGUAUAUGUUUGUA